UUUUUGUCUUCCCCAGCAAUGAAGUGUCCUGCAUAUUUGAUAUAUGAUCACUGUCACAAAGCUUGCAUAAAGACCUGUGAGAAUAGUACCAGUCUCAGUGUCUGCAAAGAUUAUCCCACAGAGGGCUGCUUCUGUCCAAACGGGCAGGUGGUUUUCAAUGAGAGCUGUGUUGAUGAAGAAGUUUGCACACAAUGCAUCAGUGAAGAUGGCACACACCAUCAGCACAUGGAAAUAUGGAUUCCCUCCAGUGAGCCUUGCAAGAUCUGUACAUGUCUUGACAACAGAGAAGUAAACUGCACUCUUCAACCUUGCACUACUACUAAAACUGUGCAGUGUGGCCCCUGUGAAGUUCCUCGUCUGCGCAGGGACCUUAACCAGUGCUGCCCUGUGUAUGAGUGUGUCUGUGAUCUAGUUUCUUGUGAUUUGCCUCCUGUCCCUGACUGUGAGUUUGGCCUACAGCUUGCUCUGACCAACCCUGGAGAAUGCAGACCAAAUUAUACAUGUGCUUGUAACAGAGAAGCAUGUGGUUUAGUUCAAAGACCUUUUUGCCCAUCCCAUCGGGAGCUGACUGUUAAGAAGACAGAGUGCUGUGACAAAUAUGAGUGUACCUGCAGCUGCAGUAACUCAACAGUGAGCUGUCCUCUUGGAUAUUUAUCCAGAUCUCUCACCAAUGACUGUGGCUGCAUAUCUACUACUUGUAUUCCAGACAUGGUGUGUGUGCACAACAACAUUGUCUACCCCAUCGGGAAAACCUGGAAAAAUGGUUGUAAGGAAUGUUCUUGUACUAGUAUGAGAGAUGAUAUUACAGGAUUUCAGAUGAUGGAAUGUCAUGACAAAAUAUGUAACACAUUCUGCUCUCGGGGAUAUAAGUAUAUUGUUCAAGACGGAGAGUGCUGUGGGCGCUGCCAGAAAACUGCCUGUGAAGAGCAACCAUUCUGGUCUCGGGGUGAUGCAGAUCCUCGUUUAUAUGAGGUGAAAUGAUAGUUGGGAUAGUUUUCC